GUCACAUUCCUUGUUGUCGUUGUUGUUGUUGUACACACAAGUAUAAAUAUAUAUAUUGAUAUAAAUAUAAAGACUUAGUACGUCUACAUAAAAAAUAGUAUUGGUUUCCAGAGUGCCUUAUUCAGAAUUUCUGAAAAAAUGACUUUUAUAUGUCAAAAACAACAUUUGCGAGAACUGAAUCGGAAAUAUCGCGUUGUUUUGGAAGUUGAGACGUCACGUCACCCAUAGGCGGAAGUGUAAUGUUGUUGAACAACGGCACUGUUUGUAGCCAUGUUCAGUGCGUUUACCAUUAACAAAAAACAACAAAUGUUCUUAUAAUAUUAGUUGAAGUUAUUUCAUAUAUCAAGCUAUCAAUCUAAACUACUCGGCUAAAGUUUCUGACUUUAUUCUGAAUUAUGUGUCGGUUGUUUUUACACCUAGUUAGCAUGUAAGGCAAGCGUUAGCUUACAAGCUAUGGUUUGUUGACAAUUGUUUCUCGACAGCUUGUCAAUUUUUUUUUCUAUUUCUACGUCAUGUAUGGCGUCGUACCAUAUAUUAAGAUUAGCUAACCUAUUGAAGAAAGGACUAACCAAGAAACAAGUCUGGACAAAACCACAUAACACCUCAAUCGUGGUGUCAGCUCAAGUUGUAUUAAUGACUGCACUCACAGACUUUGAACCUUUAGCAAAGAGAAUCAGGUUUGAAACCAGUGCCCCAACUUCCCUUGCAUCUUCCUUCAAAGUCCCAACUUUUAGCUUUAAGAUAGGAGACAAUGACGCAGUAAAUAAAGAAAGAAGGCAAAACAACCCACUUACAAGGAUGGAUAUACGGCGAAAGACUGGAGCAGAUGGUCUGCGAGGCGUAAAGACAAAAGGUAACCAUCAAAGAAUCGGCCCAAGACAACAACAGAAUUUAAAAAGUACUCUUGAUCAAUGGUUGGUUAAGCCCAGAAGAAACCCAAGUACAGCUGACGGAUGCCAAAUCCAAGAGGAUGUAGAGAUGGACGAUGAUGACAGUGUAUUACAAAGCACCUCAGCUCAGGUUCCAGACUGUACAAAGGCUGAAAAGCCUGCUCUCUCUGAUUCGGAUGAAGAAACCCAGCCCAUGACACCACAACACCUGUAUGAAGACAAUCCAGUCUCCCCAGCAUUCAUGGAUUCUGCAGAGAACUUCUUUUCAGGGACAUCAUCACCAGAUCUGCCUUCAGAGAAACAAGGUGCAGACAAGGAAAAUACCUCGGGCAAACCUCAUGUCAAAUGGCUGGGGACACCAAUCAAUGAUCUCAACAGAAUGCCUGAAUGUGGGGGACCGCUUCCACCGCUGAAGGAUGUUCCUGGCCAACACACUGUGAUGAUAAGGACGGACCUUCUUCACAAUGGUAAAGUACCUGUUCCAUAUCCUGCUAGGUUUAAGGAUACCUGGGAUGACAUCCAUGUCAAGAUGCCCUGUUCCAGUUGGAACCUGUUUCCUGUGCAUGAUGAGGAAACACAAGAACGACAGAAUAAGAGUCGGUGGGAAUUGAUCAAGGAAACUUUGAACGACGAAUUUACAUGUCAACUCGAGUUGAAGAAUGCCAUUUUGAAGUACAGUUCCUCACAGGCGAAGAAAUGGGACUUCACCGCAUUGCGACUUUACUGCACAAAGGUCCUGGAGCCUGAUGCUGCUGAACAUCUGUUUGACUUCCUGCUGCCAGACAUGGUGCAAUUAGCACUGAGAGCAUCUGAGCUCUGUACCAAGCCGAUACCCCUCCUCAAAGAAGGCCUGGACCACUCCAUCACCGUGUCUCAGGAGCAGGUGGCAUGUCUGCUCGCCAACGCCUUCUUCUGCACCUUCCCCCGACGCAACUCCAGGAAGACUGAGUACUACAACUACCCAGACAUCAACUUCUUCAGGCUCUUUGGCGGGGGCUCUUCAAGCAAGAUUGAGAAACUGAAAACCCUGAUUUGCUAUUUCAAAAGUGUCACUGAGCAAACGCCUACCGGACUUGUGACAUUCACACGAAAAAGCUUGGAUAGACCUCUGAAUUGGAAAAGCUCAGAGGCUCAGCUCACAAAUCUCCACAUCACUUGUGAAGGAACCAUUGAGGAUGAUGGUUAUGGAAUGCUUCAGGUGGAUUUUGCCAACCAGUUUGUGGGGGGAGGAGUCACCAGUUCUGGUCUAGUCCAGGAGGAAAUCCGUUUUCUGAUCAACCCUGAGCUUAUUGUUUCUCGCCUCUUCACUGAAGCCCUGGAUCAUAAUGAAUGUCUGAUCAUCACAGGUUCACAGCAGUACAGUAAAUACACCGGCUAUGCUCAGACCUACAAGUGGGCUGGCAGCCACCAGGACACAACUCCCAGAGAUGGCUGGCAGAGAAGAUGCACAGAGAUUGUGGCCAUCGAUGCGCUGCAGUUCAAGAACUUCCUCGAACAGUUUCGUCCCGAUAGACUCAACCGAGAACUAAACAAGGCUUACUGUGGCUUUGCUCGCCCUGAAGAACAAAGCCAAAACCUCUCGGCAGUGGCUACAGGGAACUGGGGCUGUGGGGUUUUUGGAGGUGACACACGUCUGAAAGCUCUGCUCCAGAUGCUGGCAGCUGCUGAGGCGGGCAGAGAUGUGGCCUAUUUCACCUUUGGUGACAGCCAACUCAUGACAGAUGUCCACAAGAUGCACUCUUUCCUAACUCAGAGGAAGAUCUGUGUCGGAGAGGUGUAUGAUCUCCUGGAGCAGUACUACAGCUCCGUGUGCAAGAGCUGCCUCGGUCGGCGACCUGAGAUCAGCCUGUUCUCCUUCAUCUUCCAACAGGCCGGCUCCUCGCCGGCGCCAGAUGACUCCGACGGGGACUCGCCCAGACAUCCCGUCCCCACAGACUGCAGUUAGGGCCAGGUGGCUGAUGAGUCACCAUGCCUAAUCUGCGAUAAAACAAAACCCACCUUAAAUACUGCCUUUUCUUUUUUUUAAGAAGGCUUGAUUAACUGUUUACCAAAUGGGAGCCAAAAAGGACCAUCGACAGUAGCAUGCAGAUCCUUUUCAAAAACAUCUGAACUGCAGUGGCUGAUUAGUUACGACCCUGUCUGGCGCUGUGUUCAUUUUGCUGCCGCUGGUAAUACGCCGAUGGAUUGAGCUUCAAUACGACGCAAUUGUGAUUUUAAUGGUGAAGCAAAGGUUGCCAUCCAUCUUCUGAGUUUGUCAUGUUGCCUUUUUUACACCCACACAUAUCCAGCCUAAUUGAAUUGGCUGUCAGAAAUCAAGUUAAAGGAAUAGAAUAACAAGAACGGGGUUUGGAAAGCUAGGAAGCAGUCUAAGGAAACAGUUUGAUUUAAAGAGCAGCCUGGCUCUUUGGGAAAUAAUAUUUUACCUUCUGCAUUUAAAGCUACAUUUAGUUUCAAUUAUGACUUCCAUGAAUACAUUUGUCCGGUUCUUGCUGUUCACAUUCGAAAGAACCAACCGUUGCACUUGAAAUGUUAAUUUGAUUGGUUUGUUUCUAUAUUUUAUAAGUAUUUACACUUUGAAUCUGUUAUUUGUAGGCCUUCUUACUAAUGGCUGUAUAGCUGCACUUGAACAAAAAGUAGGAUUUGUUUCGCCUAAAUAAAAUCAGUUUUAAGAAAAUGUCA